GCCCUCACUUCACUCCUGGAUCCCUUUUAAGUUUUAACACACCCACACACACUCUACACUGCACUACUCUGUCCUUCUUGUCCUCCACUCUUCACUCUCUCCACUGUUACUUGAGUACUUUCUCUCUGCUGCCUUCCUUUCUUUUCCAUCUCUCAGUCUCUUGAAUCGUCCUCAAAAUUCCAUCUGCGGUGCAGCAUUCAAAUUAUUGAUUCAUCAGAAGUACUCAGUUCUUUUGCCUAGCGAAGAGAAUUCAAGAAAUGGGGCGUACACGAGAAAUACUACUGAGAUCCUCAAUUUUCACUCUUUUCAUGAUAGCAUUGACGUCAAAACAAGAAUUUUUAGUCAGUGCAAAUGCUACCACCACCGCUGCUACAUGGGUUGGAUCGAAGUAUCAAAUUGAAUGCACAAUGUGUUCAGCUUGUGACAACCCAUGCAGCACCCCAUCACCACCACCGCCCUCUCCUCCACCACCCUCACCGCCGCCGCCACCAUCAUCAUCAUCAUCUUCCAGCUCAAACUGCCCUCCACCACCUUCUCCUCCCAGCUCAGGCAGCACCUACUACUCUCCACCACCACCAUCACCUUCUCAGUCUGGCUACCCAUACUCGUCCCCACCUCCUCCCAGCGGCAUAAUUGGAAGCUACUAUCCACCACCUUACAGAACAUAUCCCUCAGGGCCAACACCACCUCCUCCGAAUCCUAUUGUACCUUACUUUCCAUUUUACUACUACAGCCCUCCGCCACCUUCCAAAUCAGCAGCCGCACUGAACUUGAGAAUUUCAGUAUCCUUCUUCAUCACCGUUUGCUUUUCUGUUCUCAUAGCUGUCUGAGUGAAGUAACUUUUGUCAGAUUCACAGAUCUACUGGCUUGCAGAGCUGAGAGGAAGAGAAGAGGUUUCUGAUCCUGAUCAAGAGCUGAUGGAUGAAAAUUACGAAUUCGAGAAAUCGACAAUUAUAUGUUUUGGUCGUCAGUGGCUAUAGACGAAAAAGUGAGGAACUUCUCUAUCAGGUGAAAAUGAAAUGGAAAGGGACCAUGAAUGCGAGGAAUCAAAUUAAAGAAACCUCAACUGCCUCUGAUCUCAGCUCUUGUGGAGUAGUCUGUAAAUUUCUUGACAGUAGUUUCUCUUCACCGCAUUUGAUUUUAUUGUUGUAGGAUGUAACAAAAAAAUUACUCAAUUUUGUACUUCUUCUAUGGAAACUGUCAAUUAAUAAUUCUAUCUUAUACUAUCCA